AUGAAAAUCUCCGCCGGAAACGUGCCCGUCUACACCAUCAGCGGCAGCGAGGCCCGUCCUCUGCCCGAAUGGCUGAUUCGCAAGCGCAAACGCAGUUUGAAAAACGACCCUGAGUUCGCCAAUCGUGUGGAUUUGCUGCAGGAUUUUGAGUUUGAAGAGGCCAGCCAGUGUGUGCGUGUCAGCGAGGAUGGCGACUGGGUCAUGAGCACUGGAACAUACAAGCCCCAGAUACACGUUCACUACCUCCCCCACCUGUCGCUGUCCUUUGCACGCCACACCAAUACUCUGAACCAAACCUUCCACCUGCUCUCAUCCGAUGCGACCAAGAGCGUCCAUCUGCAGCAGGAUCGGUGCAUCGAGUUCCAUACCGGCGGAGGCCUCCACUACGCCAGCCGCAUACCUCGCUAUGGCCGCGACCUUAUAUACGACCGCCGAUCCGCCGAGUGUCUAGUGCCAUCCGUUGGCGUUAACGCUGAAGGGAUGGGAGAGUGCUUCCGGCUGAACCUCGAAGUUGGGCGCUUUAUGCGUAGUUAUGAGGUUGAUGUGGGCGGCAGCGACGACCUAGCUGCGGGUGGACUGCAGGGCGGCAUCGACGCUGGCGCCGUCAACACGGGCGCUAUUGCAGAGCAGACGCACGGCCUGCUGGCACUGGGCACCUCACUGGGUACUGUCGAGUACUUUGAUUCGCGCACCCGCACUCGAGUCGGUAUCUUGUCAUCUCCCAAGGAUUCGUUCGAGGGCCGCUCGGAGACGACCGCCCUUGCGUUUUCCCCGAAUGGCCUGGAAAUGGCCGUCGGAGAUUCCAACGGCAUAACACACCUCUACGACCUGCGAUCUCCCAAGCCACUGCUUAGAAAGGACCAAGGAUAUGGUUUCGCCAUAAAAAAUAUCAUAUACCUCGAUGGCGCACAGACGCCCGAGCCAAAGAUACUCACUGCCGACCAGCGCGUCAUCAAGAUUUGGAAUGCAAAGGACGGCACUCCAUGGACCUCUGUACAGCCAUCCGUUGACUUGAACCACGUCGAGUGGGUACCCAAGACUGGCAUGCUGCUGACUGCAAACGAGGGAAGGCAACAACACUCCUUCUUCAUCCCACAACUAGGCCCAGCGCCAAGAUGGUGUCAUUUCCUGGACAAUAUCGUGGAAGAAAUGGCCGAAGACCCCAACGACCCCAACGCUUUUGGCAAGGGCGCCGUAGGAGACGUGUACGACAACUUCAAGUUCUUGACCAUGGAUCAACUAAAACAACUGUCCCUCGAUCACCUCGUCGGAACCACCAGUCUCCUCCGUCCGUACAUGCACGGUUUCUUCGUUGCCCAGAAGCUGUACGAAGAAGCACGGCUCAUCUCGAACCCAGAUCUCUGGCAAGAACAGCGCGCCAAGAGCAUCGCCGAGAAGAUCAACAAGGAGCGCGAAAGCAGGAUUCGCGGCAGCAAAAAGGUGGCCGUCAAGGUCAACCGCAAGCUUGCCGAGAAGAUGCUCGAGAAGCAGGAAGAGCAAGAACGCAGGCGCGCCAAGCGCGUCCUCAAGAAUGGCGGCGACGACGACAUGCUCCAGUCCGCGCCCGCCGUCCAAGAAGACGGCACCCAACCCGCUGCCAGCGGUGGUGUCCUCAACGACCCGCGUUUCGCAAAGAUGUUCGAAGACCCCGAAUUCGAAAUCGACGAGCAAACCCGCGAGUUCCAGCAACUCAACCCCAGCACAAAGAUCCCCAAGGGCCUCACUGCCGCCGAGCAAGAGGAGCUCGAAUCCAAAAAGGGUUCUUCCGACGAAGACUCCUCCUCCGACGGUGAUGACGAUUCCGAGGCUGACCAAGUCCGAAAACCAAAGAAGCAACAAGACACACGCAUCUCAUCUAGCUCCUACAAAAAAUCAGGUCACCGCUCCCAACGCGGCCCGGAAAUGCACGUCUCAUCUUCCCACAACAAUAACAACUCCAAUAACCACCGCUCCUCUGCCUCGGCAAAAGAUAAAACAUUCGGCUCCCGCGUCUCGAAACUCAAACCCUCGAAACAUGCCACUUCUGCCUCGUCGUCCCGAUCAAAUACCACAGUGGUGGGCGAGCGCGAAAUCACUUUUGCGCCUGAGCGGAAACAAAGAAAGAGGUCGGGUCAUGAUGGUGAAGAAGGGGGAGGUGGUGGUCAGCGCCAUGAUCGAAGGAGAGACGGACAGAGGAGAAAUGCUAGUGGGAAUGUGUUUAGGAAUAUGUAA